AUGGGAAUUAUAACCACUUUAACCACAAACCACUCUAUCAUUAGACCAGCGGGAUUUUACGUUAUCGGGUUUACGGAUUUAAAGUUUGCUCAUUUAUAUAUAAUUUUCCUAUGCUUCAUUUAUAUUGUAACAGUUUUGUUCAACUGCCUUAUUGUUGCCAUUAUUUGGAUGGAUCAUCGCCUACACACUCCAAAGUACAUUGCGGUGGCAAAUUUAGGCGUUGUCGAUUUGAUAUGUAGCACAUCCUUUAUUCCUAGUACGAUCAAUACUUUUCUUACAAAAAAUACCUUCAUGUCCUACAAUGCAUGUUUGACACAGAUAUUUUUUUAUUAUUGUUUUAUAACAUUAGAAUCAUAUUCCCUCACUGUACUUGCUUAUGACAGGCUAAUUGCGAUAUGUUUCCCACUGAGGCAUAAUUCGAUCAACACUCCCACGAGAAUGAUCAGUAUUUUAGCGAUUGUUUGGUUGUACUCUGUAGGCAUCAACAUGUUCUUGGCUUUGUUGUUGACAAAAUUGUAUUUCUGUGAUUCAUUCACUGUGCACGGCUUUGUCUGUCCGUACGCGAGCUUGUACACUCUAGCGUGCAGUGACUAUACACUGCAGUGGAUCACCGCAUCUACCCUGAGUGUACUGAAUAUGUUCGGGCCUCUUAGUUUAAUAAUCGUGUCUUAUGCCUGUAUUUUGAGAGCCGUGUUUAGAAUGAAAAAUGUGGAGAGCAGGUACAAAGCACUUUCAACGUGCACAGAACAUCUCAUUCUUGUGGCGAUUUUCUAUGUGCCGACCACAACGUUGUACAUGACAAAACUUUUCUUAUACCACAUAGAUCCAAACGUCAGAAUAGUGAACUUGUCAUUAUCUUCCAGCAUCCCUUCCUGUAUGAACCCCAUUGUGUAUUCCCUGUCAACCAAAGAUGUCAGGAGAAGAAUACUGGCUAUGCUUCAUAAAGUCAAAGUAGCAGUGUGGGAACGACAGACGUAG